AUGUGCAAGAACUAUUGGAAUGCAGACGCAUGCCGGCGAUGCGGUUUCGUGUCCAACGUCGUGGCGCCGGGCAAGACCGAUCCCUUCACCGGGCAGAUCAACACGUCGGGGUUCAUGUGCCUAAAAGCUCAGGAGCGCAAUGUGGAGAGGAACAGGCAUACCCAGCACCUGGACAAGCCUCUAAGAGCCUCCAAUAUUGCCAGGUGCAAGAUGCGGCAGCUUUGUCGCGAUGGUGGCCCGGGGCUUGAUGGCGCCAAAGACAAGGACGGCGACCAAGAAGAGGCUGGGGGCGAGGGAAAGCAAGAAAACAAUGGCUCAGAGGGAGACGACAUCAUGUUGAUAUACAUGUGGAAGUUUUGCACUCUAGGUUGCAAACGGCAGCACGCAGCCCACAUGUGCAAGUGGACUUCGCCGCUGGGCUGGUGCACCGGGGCAGGAGACAGUGAACGCGACGAGAAAGAUGAAGCAGGACAGGCCGCCGAGCCGGUGAGUAACCUACCAUUGGCUCCUUAUCAACGCCCGUUGGCCUCUCCUGUGCUGCAAAUGGUCAUGAAGAAGAAUCUACAGGCCAAGGCGCGCAAGCUCUGA